ACUCUAACGGCGCUAGCAAUCGGACGCGUUUCAAAACUUGCUCUCUGCCUUCUGCCACAGCCAAACCACUCCGCGGGAAAACUUACAACGGCAGCGGCAACGGCAGCGGCAAGCCAGGGCGAGCAGCGAACAGGAAAAGAGUUGCAGGAAAUCAGCUUUGUGCAUUCGCAGACUCAACGUCGCCCCAACAUGAUCUUGCGAAAGAGCAACGCGGGACAGCAGCUUCAGCUGCAGCUGUUUGCCCUCAUCCUCAUGCAUGCCGCCUGCCACAAUCUGAUCAGCGCCAAGACGGUGAAUCCCAACAGCGGCGGAGAUCUCCAGCAGCAGCAGCAGCAGCAGCAGCAGCCGCUUCAGGGUCUGCCCGAGCCUCGGGCCUACAUGCCGGACUCACAGAACUUGGACUUUGUCUACCACGAUCACGAGGAGCUCACCCGAUUCCUGAGAGCCACCAGUGCCAGGUAUCCCAAUCUGACGGCACUCUACUCCAUUGGCAAGUCCAUUCAGGGCCGUGAUCUGUGGGUAAUGGUCGUCAGCUCGUCGCCGUAUGAGCACAUGAUCGGCAAGCCCGAUGUCAAGUAUGUGGGCAACAUCCACGGCAAUGAGCCCGUGGGCCGCGAGAUGCUGCUGCAUCUCAUUCAGUACUUUGUGACCAGCUACAGCUCCGAUCAGUACGUCAAGUGGCUGCUGGACAACACGCGAAUACACAUAUUGCCCACCAUGAACCCGGAUGGCUAUGCGGUAUCCAAGGAGGGCACCUGCGAUGGCGGACAGGGCAGAUACAAUGCUCGUGGCUUCGACUUGAAUCGCAAUUUUCCGGACUACUUCAAGCAGAACAACAAGCGCGGACAGCCGGAAACGGACGCUGUCAAGGAUUGGAUAUCCAAGAUACAAUUUGUGCUCAGUGGCAGCCUGCAUGGCGGCGCACUGGUCGCCAGUUAUCCCUACGACAAUACGCCAAACUCCAGGCUGCUCAAAGGGAUCUGCCGUUCGUCCGCCCUGUGCGCGAUGUUCCAGACCUACUCGGCGGCACCCUCGCUCACCCCCGACGACGAUGUGCUGAAGCAUUUGUCGCUGGUCUACGCCCGGAAUCAUGCCAAGAUGUCACGCGGUGUGGCCUGCAAGUCGGCCACGCCUGCCUUCGAGAAUGGCAUCACAAAUGGCGCUGCCUGGUACCCAUUGACGGGCGGCAUGCAGGACUAUAAUUAUGUGUGGUAUGGCUGCAUGGAGAUCACCCUAGAGAUCUCCUGCUGCAAGUUUCCGCCCGCCUACGAGCUCAAAAAGUAUUGGGAGGACAAUCAGUUGUCCCUUAUCAAAUUCCUGGCUGAGGCGCAUCGCGGUGUCCAGGGCUUUGUCUUCGAUCCCGCGGGCAUGCCCAUUGAGCGCGCCUCCAUCAAGAUCAAGGGACGCGACGUUGGCUUUCAGACCACCAAAUAUGGCGAAUUCUGGCGCAUACUCCUGCCAGGCUACUACAAGGCGGAGGUCUUUGCCGAGAGCUUUGCCCCACGCGAGGUGGAAUUCGUCAUUGUGGAGCAGCAUCCGACGCUGCUGAAUGUCACGCUGCAGCCCUCAAAGCCCUACCUGUUGGCCUCUUCAGUCGCGGCCAGCGUCACCACCGCAAGGACGCGUCCUGUGAGCGAUAAGCUGCAGCUGUCCACUGACUAAACCCUGUACCUGUACGCUGCCCCUCUCCCGGUGCUGGCUGGCAUGUAAAUACAUUCGUAAGAUGUGCCUUUAGGCUUAAGAGUUGUGCGAAUAAUUUGGUUUUUGCUUUCAUUUCUACUUCCAUUUCUAAUCAUAUUUUACUGGCACUUUCAAUCUCUGCUGUGGCUCCUUCUGUUGCUUUAAUUCCUUACCAAAUUCUUUCUCUGUCUCCAACUACUUCAUUGACUUUUGCACCAUGGAAGUUCUUAACCUAAAUUCUAAGACUUUUUCUGGUUUAAGGAGACCUCAACCCUUCACCCUUAACCCUUAACCCCCUCCGUACGCCUAAGUGUUGCUUGUUACUGGUAAACUGUACAAUGGAGAGAAAGUG